AUGGGGACAGGCGACCGACUGCUCGACAUCCCUUGUAACGUGUGUGGCGAUAGAAGUUCUGGAAAGCAUUACGGAAUUUACAGUUGCGACGGUUGCUCGGGCUUCUUUAAACGGUCGAUCCACCGGAAUCGCGUGUAUACAUGCAAGGCGGGCGGGGAGAUGAAAGGCCGCUGUCCAGUGGACAAGACUCACAGAAACCAGUGCCGUGCCUGCAGACUCGCUAAGUGCUUCCAAGCCAACAUGAAUAAAGAUGCAGUGCAGCAUGAACGAGGUCCACGCAAGCCAAAGCCACAUCCAGGCGUUCUUGGUUCUCUUCCGUCAACCCUCGCGCACACACACAAGCCACACCCUUUAAAACUGUCUCCACAGUCGCCUUAUACGUCUCUUUCACAACCUUUCAAUUUUCAGUUCAAUAUAAGCGGGAUAAGCGAAUCAGCACCAUUAAGCACGGCUUCCUCAGCGGGAUCGAGCGGUGCCGGCGGAGCAGGCGCUGUGAGCCCGCUACCCUUCAUCCCUGAGCCAUUUCUAGCACCGCCACCGCCAGGGUUACUGCACAUGCUCAUGUCUAGCGAUAAGUGUCAGGAACUGAUGUGGAGUGCGAAACAGUUGCAGCUUCAAGGUGACCCAUCUUUGCUUCGGCCACCAGCAAACGCUUUUGGUACUCCUCUUGCACCAACCUGGGAACUUUUGCAGGAAACAAGCGCGCGUCUUCUGUUCAUGGCGGUGCGUUGGGUCCGUUGCUUGGCACCAUUUCAAGCACUGGCUCCUAACGACCAGCUGGUAUUACUACGUGCUGCAUGGAAGGAUUUGUUCGUGCUUCACCUUGCUCAAUGGUCGGCGCCCUGGGAUCUAGCUCCUUUAUUAGCCGCGCCUGCUGCCAGAGCUCGACUUCCACCCGAACCACUAGCAGACCUUGAGUUGAACACAUUACAGGAAAUCCUAUGUCGGUUUCGUCAAAUCGCACCUGACGGAAGUGAAUGUGGCUGCAUGAAAGCUAUUGUACUUUUUUCUCCAGAUACGCCCGGCCUAAGCGAAACACAACCAGUGGAAAUGUUACAAGAUCAAGCUCAGUGCAUUCUAGCUGACUACGUUCGAACUAGAUACACAAGACAACCUACAAGGUUUGGCCGACUCCUACUUUUGCUGCCAUCUCUUCGCGCAGUGCGAGCGCGAUCUAUCGAGUCGCUUCUAUUUCGAGAAACGGUCGGCGACGUGUCAGUGGCGACGUUGCUGCACGAUAUGUAUAGAAUGCAACCCGCUCCUACACCGGCCUUCCAGCCACCUUCUCUACCGACCAACGAUCAUUGUUCAUCACCCUACACUGAAUCGAAGGAAUUUUAA